AUGAAGCACGUGACUAGGAAGGUUGGAAAAAGUCAAAAGCAGCACCACGUGUCAUUAGCGCAAGGACUCAUCUACUUGGAACCACACAAACAAGAAGACACCAAACCCAUUACUUCCACUAAAAACAAGGGCUCUCCCCUUUUAAUUCAACACUUCUUACACACAUACACACACCACAUCGAUCGAGCCAUGAACUUACCAUGCAUUGAUUUCGUCAUGUUCGGUCAACACGAUGAGGACAACAUGUCACGUCGUCCAUGGAAGAGGGAGAGAUCGAAUCAUCAUCUUAACUUGUCUCCAAGCGAAGACGAAGAGCUUGCCAACUGUCUUGUGUUGUUGUCCAAUUCAGGGGAUGCUUACGAUGGUCAUAACAAGCAUAGGCAUGGCAAGGGUAAAACCGUCAAAAAGCAAAAAACCGCACAGGUUUUCCAAUGCAAAGCUUGCAAGAAGGUGUUUGCGUCGCAUCAGGCAUUGGGUGGACACAGGGCAAGCCACAAGAAAGUGAAGGGUUGUUUUGCCUCGCAAGAUAAAGAAGAGGAAGAAGAAGAGGAAUACAAAGAAGACGACGAUGAGGAGGAGGAGGACGACGAUGAGGAGGAGGAAGAAGACAAAUCAACGGCUCAUGUCGCAAGAAAAAGAUCCAACGCUCACGAAUGCACCAUCUGUCAUCGCGUAUUCUCAUCGGGACAAGCCUUGGGAGGCCACAAGAGAUGCCACUGGUUAACACCUUCCAAUUAUCUUCGUAUGACGCCUCUAAACGAUUCUGCCGGAAGAUCUCAUCAGCCGCUAGAUCAACGUCCAUCUCUAGAUCUCAACUUAGCUUGCCAAGAUUAUUCCGUCGAUCCAACGGUCAUGAGCGUAGGGAUGAUUGGGAGAGAUGCUCGUGGCGGCACCAGUCACAACGCUACUUCAUCGUCAUGGUUAAAACUCGCAAGUGGUGACUGGUCUUGA